AUGCUCCGUUUCCACUCGAAUGAGAAGAAGAGCUUUUCGGCAACGAUGGAGGCCUUCGCUCUGGAAACAGAGGCGGCCCUUGCACAGAGGUGGCAGGAGAUAAAUCAGGAGUGGGACAGCAUUGACGAGGAAUGGCAGACGCUCCGGGAGCGUAUGACCCAGGUCGGCAUCACCACGCCGUUAGACUCGAAGAAAGGAAUUGAUAAGCUGAACGUUGGCGGUUCACUUGUCUCCUUUCGCCGCUCGGUGCUUUCAACUGAGGCGGGAGGGAAGCAGCAGCAGCAGCCUUCGACUUGGGCGCUGGAAAACCUGUUCGAGGCUGAGUGGGACAAGCGCGUUCCCGGCGAUUCAGAUGGCCGCAUCGUGCUUGAUGAAUCCCCCACUUGCGUCAAGCACCUCGUCCACGGCCUUCUUACCCGUUCUUCCUUGGCUGAGGAUACCGCCGCUCGCGAGGGCGAGGUCGCCUGCGACGACAAGCUCGACCUUCUUGACUACACGGCGCGCGUACUCGGUCUGUCGGGACGACUGGUUCCUGUCUUGAUGUCAAUCAUAGGCGGGACAUCUAUCUCUGAACCUCAUCAAGCGCCAAACUGA